CUUCUUCCCUCCCCCGCCGCCGCGUGGCUUUUGCAGCUGCGCCCAUUGAAGCCGCCCUCCGCGACGGUCAGGAUGGGGGAACCGAGGGAAGGAGGAGGAGGAGGCGGCGGCGGCGCGCGCCCCGUGGCGUAAAUCUGUGUGGAGAAUCCAGUCGGCCGGCCGGCGCGCGACCCCAAGAGAGAGCGAGUGCGCGCGCGCGAAGAGCUGUUCCACCCCCCCCGCGUGGGUCACUUUCAGGUCCAUAGUGUCAGAGAAGUCUGAACUUAGAUGAGCCAUGAAUAUUGCACUCCAUGACCUGUUGGCUUGCUGCCGUCAGCUUGAUAGUGACAAGGCGAUGGAACGGAAGAAGGAAAUUGAAAAAUUCAAGCGUCUACUCCGCGACUCUGAGACAAUUCAGCAGCUGGACCAGAGUUCUGAUUCCCGUCAUGGAAAACAACUGAACUGGGAUAGUGUAUUCAGGUUUCUGCAGAAAUACAUAAAGAAAGAAACAGAGAGUGUCAGAUUAGCAAAGCCAAAUGUCUCUGCCUCGACACAAGCAACAAGACAGAAAAAAAUGCAGGAGAUCAGCAGUUUGGUCAAGUAUUUCAUCAGAUGUGCUAAUAAAAGAGCACCAAGAUUAAAAUGUCAAGAGCUUCUCAUGUAUAUUAUGGAUACAGUAAAUGAUCCAUCAAGUUAUGCUGCUUAUGGGUCUGAUUGUAGUAGCAUCUUGCUAAAGGACAUUCUUACAGUGAGGAAAUACUGGUGUGAAAUAUCUUCACAGCAGUGGUCAGAUCUCCAAACCCUGUACUUUAGAUUGUUCCUCAAACCUUCCAGAGAUACUAAUAAAGUUUUGGUGGCAAGAAUAAUUUACACUCUCACCAGAGGACUGUACUUUCAAACUGAUGGGCUAAAUUCUAGUAUUUUUAACUUCUUCUCAAAAGCUGUGCAAUGUGCAAGGCAAGAAAGGAGCUCUGCAGGCCUUGAAUACAUAUUUGCAGCCAUGAAUGUUUUUUUCAGUGUCUUUGCGGUGAGCUACCGUAUACGGAUCUGUAGGCUUGGAGAAGAGCUUUUACCAACUGUGCUUUAUAUAUGGACUCAAUACAGACCAAAAGAUUCCCUGAAGGACCAAAUCAUUCAACUAGUUCAGCUUCAGGUUCAGAUUCAUCAUCCAAAUGGGGCUAAAACCCAGGAAGAAGGAAUCUGUGACUCAGGAAAAUGGCAGAGUAUUUUAUACAGCCUGUAUGAUCUACUAGCAAAUGAAAUAAAUCUCAUUGGCAGUAGAGGGAAGUAUUCUUCCGGAUCACGCAGUAUUGCUCUGAAAGAAAACCUGGUGGAGUUAAUGGCUGAUGUUUGCCAUCAGGUCUUCACAGAAGGUACUAAAGUCCUGGAGAUUAGUCACUCGUAUGCUGUUACGCAGAGAGAGGGAGGAGAUGGAGAAGGGCCAUCCAAACGCAGGAGAAUUGAAUUGGGUUGGCAAGUGAUUCGGGACGUACUGCAAAGAUCACAGAAGGACUUUGAUGUCAUACCCUGGUUGCAGGUUGCAGCCAGGUUAGUGGCAAAGUACCCUAUGAGCCUCCCACACGAGGAGCUGCAUCUCUUGCUUAAUAUACUUUACCAGCUACUACCUCAGCAGCGUCGAGGAGAACGGGCACCUUAUGUGUUGAGAUGUCUUAAAGCGAUGGCAUUGUGUCAAAGCCAAAAAAUAGAUUUGGAAACGUCACAGAAGUUAGAGCUACAGCGAACAUGGUCCAAAAUUUGGUCUCUUGUUGUUCGAAGUCUAACUCUUCAACAUACGGAGGCAGAGAGUUUUGCAUUACUUGGAGUCAUGAUUCAAGGGAACCUAAUCACAAUAGAUAGAGACAUUUGGAAGAUGUUUUCAGGAUCUGCGUGUAAGCCCUCAAGAUCUGCAGCACAGUUCUUGACUUCAGCAAUUACAGCUUUGGAAGUGCCAGAGACUUUGCAAAAUGGGACAGUGCAGAGUAACUGUGAAGUGCAUACGUUAAAAGAAACAAUUGUGAAGUGGCUUCUGUUCUGCCACAGUGAGGAAACUAUAGAAGACAGUGCAGAGCUGCCUCCUGUUCUAUGCAGUGACUUUCCUAAACUGGAGUUGCAGAAAAUCCUUGUAAGUCUCACGAUGAAAAAUUCUAGAUCAGCAAUGAAAUUUUUCUGCAAUGUGUCUGAAUGUCUGCAGCAUGCAAAAGAUAAAGAAGAAGCCAGUCUUUCAGAAAUAGAAGCAGUCUGUGUACAGACAAUGUUUAAUGACAUUAAUAUAUUUAUAAGCAUGACAAAAGAUACAUCUGAAAACAAACCACCACUUCCCAGACUAAUUGUCAAUCAGAAACUCAAAGAAGCCUUAGAGAAUGAUCUCCUGGUGAUGUCUGAAAAACUUCUUAGUAGUUUUUCUCUUGAGAAUACACCAGAAAUUGCACUGCGUUGUGCCAGUAUCCUGACUGGAGUUCUUGGCUGCUAUUGCUAUGCUGGCAUGCUGACAGAAGAAGCAGCACAGAGAUCAGAGCUUUUUCAUAAAGCUAAGUCUCUUAUUCAUUAUGUAGGUGAAAACAUUUCUCAAGCUAAAAACAAGCUAAAUGAAGAAUCCAGGGUUGUUUCACUGAGGACUUUAAUAACACAGUGUGCAAGUUGCUUAUGUAACUGUGUCAAGAACAGCCCAAGAAAGAAUCUCUCUGGUGUUUUCUUGCAUUUGUUAACUUCAAAGCUGGUGAAUGAUCUGGCAGAUAUUUGUAAGCAUCUGGUGGCUUUUAGUGGAAAGGCAAAUGAAGUUAUAGAAAUGGAUUUAAUGGAAGAGGAUCUUGAAGACACUAAAAUGGAAGGAGAAAACCAAACAGUCUUGGAUCUGUUCGAUGACCAAUGUCCUGAAGCUGGUGAUGCAAAUGAAGGUGGAGAGUUGCAAGCUUUAACAGGUGCCAUAAGCCCAUUAUCAGAAGAACAUCUAACUAAGCACGACUUACUGCUUCUCGAUAUUUUAAAGUUCUUGUGCUUAGCGGUCACAGCAGCCACAAGACACACAGUUUGCUUUAGAGUUUCUGAAAUUCGGAGGAAGCUUUUAUUGCUAAUUGAGGGAAAUACAUUUGAUUAUACUAAACCACUGCAUCUGCAUAUGUACUUACUCUUGCUGAAGGAGCUCCCUAGAGAAGAAAACCCCUUGUUAGAAGAUCAAGUUGUCUCACUACUUAAACCUCUUCCGGAUGUCUGCUCCUUUUAUCGCCGAGAUCAAGAAGUUUGCUGUGCAAUUCUACAUAAUCUCCUUCCUAUGGUGACUACUUUGAAUAGUGCAGGGACAAAUAUUGAAGAUUUCAGUGAAGCCCAGGGUCAAUUUUUAACUGUAAUUGGGGCAUUUUGGCACUUAGCAAAUGAAGGAAAGUGCACAGCUCCAGUAAGAAUAGCACUAGUGGAUUGUAUGAAGGCCUUACUGCAGGCUGAUCCUUAUUCAAAGUGGGCUGUGCUUAAUGUUAAACAGGAAAAUCUGACGGUGAAAGACGCUUUCCCCCAUUUCUUAGCAGACAGCAACUUUCACGUUUGCAUGGUUGCAGCUAAAUCAGUAACCAGUUUGUUUCAGGAUGAGAAAAUGAGAGAUUCAUGUGGUUUACUAAAACCUCUGCCGCUGAAGUUGCAGCAAGCGGCAUUCGAGAAUCUGUACAUCAGAGCUCAAGAAGGAGCAAAGAAGCUGGUCCGUGGCAUUGGCAGCCAGGAGAAUCUUUCUGAUGAAGAGUAUAAUAAAAGAUCAGUUCUCCUUGUAUUAUUAAGUAUUAUUUUAUGCUGCAGUCCUGUGUGUGAAAAACAGGCACUGUUUGCAAUUUUCCAGUGUGUGAAACAAAAUGGAUUAGAACCUCAACUUGUAAGUAAGAUACUAGGAAAAAUUUCCUGCAAUUUUGGCUAUAAGAGUAUAAAAGAUUUCAUGAACACACACUUAGAUUUUCUUGUUCAAGAGUGGCUGAACUGUGGCUACAGAAUUUCUGAAUUUCCAUACAUUUUAUUGAAUUUUUCUGCUUUAGAUGACUUCUACAGGUCCUGUUAUAAAGUUUUGAUUCCGCAACUGGUAGUUAGAGAUCAGUUUGAAGUGGUCAAAUCCAUUGCUGACGAGACUGGAACAGAGGGACGGCAGCUACUGGCUCAUUGUUUCCCCAAAAUCCUUGUCAAUAUUCUCCCUUACUUUGCCUAUCAAAACUCUGAAGAUGGCGAGUUUGUACAGAAGAGAGACAGAGCUUCUGAAGUUUAUGACAAGCUGAAAGAUGAAAGCUGCUUAGGAAAGGAGUUGAUAGACAAUUUAUUUCAUGGUAGCUUGCCAGAGAUUGUGAUAGAAGUGUUGAUGACCUUACAUGAGACAGGUGAUGUCAUGACCAAAUCAGAUCUAAAGAGAUUUACUGGAGAUCUGGAUCCUGCUCCAAAUCCCCCUUAUUUUCCAUCAUAUGUUAUCAAAGCAACAUUGGAUUACAUUGGCAGUUGCUAUAAAACCAAGUCAAAAGAACUUAUAGCAAUUCUUUCCAAGAACCCUGAGUCAUUCCAGAAAAUCUUACUGGCCAUAUGUAGACAAGCGUCUGGAACAAGUAAUAUUUACAAAAAACAUAGAAUUCUUAUGAUAUAUCACUUCUUUGUAAAUUUAUUGCUGAAAGAAAUAACAGAUGGCUUAGGAGGAGCAUGGGCUUUUGUACUUCGGGAUGUGAUAUAUACUAUGAUCCACCACAUCAACGAUAGACCUCUACCACUCAAAGAAGUAUCUUUGCGAAGCUUUUUGUUGUGUAUUGACCUUCUGAAUCAUGUCUGCCGCACAGCAGUCACACAUUGUCAAGACGCAUUAGGAAGUCACCUCCAUGUUAUUGUGGGUACACUAACACCGAUUGUUGGAGAGCAACCUGAAGCCCAAGAAGAAGUCCUGAAUUUGUUGAGAUAUCUGGUGAUAGAGAACAAGGACAAUGAAAAUCUGUAUGAAGCAGUCAAAUAUCUAGAUCCCUUUCCUGACCAUCCUGCUUUUCAAGAAUUACGUGCCGCUCAGCAAAAAAUAAAAUACAGUAAAGGAGAAUUUUCUCUUUUGGAGGAAAUUAACCAUUUCCUAUCUAUAAAUAACUCCGAUUCACUACCAUUAACGAGAGUUGAAGGUUUGAAUGAUUUGCGCAAACAACUUGAAGAUCAUAAAGAACAAAUCAAGUACCUUAUGAAAGAAUUGCAGAACAACCCAAAGGAUUGUGUAAUAGUGAAGUUGAUGGUGUGCCUUUUGCAACUUUCAAAAACUGCUGUGAAUUCAACUGAUACAGUCCUAGAAGCAGUUGGAAGUUGUUUAGGAGAAAUUGGGCCUAUCAAUUUUUCUACCACAGCCUUACAACAUAAUAAAAAUGUGUCCUGCUUAAGUGCAGUUGAUCUGUUUGAAGAACGAGAACUUCAGUGGAUCUUCAUAAUGUUGACUCUCAUAAACAAUGCUUUAACAGAUCAAUGUAUUGAAGUUCGAUCAGCUGCUGCUGCUUGUUUGAAAAACAUUUUGGCCACUCAGACUGGUCAUACAUUCUGGGAGAUUUACAAAGUGAAAGCAGAUCCUAUGCUGGUUUACCUCCUUCCUUUCAGAGGGUCUAAGAAAAAGUUCUUAGAGCUACCAGAUAAAGAAAGAGAGACUCUUUCAGAAGAUUUGGACAAUACUAAUCUGUGGAUUCCUCAGAAUGAAAGCCAUGAAGUUUGGAUCAAGACCUUGACUUGCACAUUAUUGGAUAGUGGAGGGGUAAAAAAUGAAACUCUUCGGUUACUGAAGCCCUUGUGUGAGGUUCAAACGGAUUGUUGCCAGACUGUCCUUCCUUACUUGAUUCACGAUAUCCUGCUUCAGGAUUCAAAGGAAUCUGGGCAAACUCUUUUGUCCACAUAUAUUCAGAAGUUUUUCACUGCUUGUUGUAAAUAUGUGUUGUCUCCCAGUAGGUCAUCUACACCUGUAUGUUCAGAUUCAGAUUCAGAAAAUCUUCCUAAUGGAACUGUGGAUAAAAUAUCUCAAAGAACAAUGCUUACUAUUGUUGACUACUUAAGACGGCAAAAGAAAAAUCCUUCAAGUACUGUCUUUGAUGACAGCUUUUGGUUGGAUCUGAAUUAUCUUCAGAUUGCCAUGGUAGCCCAGUCCUGCGCUGCUCACUUCACAGCCUUGCUGUAUGCAGAAAUCUAUGCUGACAAGAUAAACUUAGUCAAACAGCAAGAAAGGUCUACUUCCAAAGCAGUUGCACGUCUAACAUUUGAGGAAGAAAGUCAGAAUUCAACGUUAACCUGUUUGAGUGUCAAGAGUAGAGAAGAAACUGGGAUAAGUUUGCAGGACCUUCUCAUGGAUAUAUACAGAAGUAUAGGAGAACCAGACAGUAUCUAUGGCUGUGGUGGAGGAAGAGUGCUGCAGCCAUUAGCUAGAAUAAGAACGUAUGAACAUGAAGCUAUAUGGGGGAAAGCCCUGGUAACUUAUGACUUAGAAAGAAGUCUUCCACCAUUAACUCGACAAGCAGGAAUAAUAGAGGCCUUGCAGAAUUUUGGUCUAUGUGAUACACUCUCCAUCUACUUAAAAGGACUAGAACAGGAAAAUCAUGAAUAUUCAAUGGAACUACAAGAGAUUCGUUAUCAGGCUGCUUGGAGGAAUAUGCAAUGGGAUCAGUUUUUUCCUGCCAGUGAUGACAUCGGAGAAAAGCGGUACCAUGAAUCAUUAUAUGAUGCUCUGCAAUGUUUAAAGGACAAAGAAUUCUCUACAUUUUAUGAAAGACUGAAGUGUGCAAGAAUCAAGGAAGUGGAAGAUCUGUCUAAAGGUAGUCUUGAGUCUGUGUAUUCAUUGCUACCUACACUAUGCAGACUACAGACCAUCGGAGAGCUUGAGUGUGUCGGACAGCUUUUCUCUGGAUCUGCUACAAAUAGCCAGCUGACUGGCAUGUAUCUGAAGUGGCAGAGGCAGUCUCAACUUCUCCAGGAUAGUGACUUCAGUUUCCAGGAGCCCAUCAUGGCUCUGCGCACAGUCAUUCUGAACAUGCUACUGGGAAAAGAAAGUGAAAAUGCCAAACGGGAAUGCAUUAAAGAGGUCCUUACCAAACAUCUUGUGGAGCUGUCCAGAUUGGCUCGGGUGGCAAAAAAUACACAGCUUUCAGAAAGAGCAGUAUUUCAAAUUAAGCAGUACAGUCCUUUUGGACAUGGAGUAUCUGCCUGGCAGCUAGAGGAAGCUCAGGUUUUCUGGGCUAAAAAGGAAGAAAGUUUAGCUCUGAGUAUUCUAAAGGAGAUGAUAAAGAAAUUGGAUGAUGAUUGGUUCAAGGUUGAGAAAGAUCCAAGUCUGAGGUUAAUUUACACAGAAUGUCUGAGAUUAUGUGGAAGCUGGUUAGCAGAGACUUGUUUAGAGAAUCCUACCAUUAUUAUGCAGAACUACUUGGAAAAGGCUGUAGAAGUUGCUGGGAAUCAAACUGUGAACAGCAGCGAUGAGCUAAAAAAUGCAAAGAUGAAGGCUUUUCUGUCUCUGGCUCGUUAUUCGGACACCCAGUAUCAAAGAAUUGAGAACUAUAUGAAGUCAUCAGAGUUUGAGAAUAAGCAAGCUUUACUGAAAAAAGCCAAGGAAGAAGUUGGCCUUUUAAGGGAGCACAAGGUUCAGGCCAACAGAUAUACGGUCAAAGUUCAACGGGAACUGGAACUUGACGAAUGUGCAAUUCGUGCCCUGGGAGAGGAUCGUAAACGUUUCUUGUGCAAAGCCAUUGAGAACUACAUCAGCUGCUUAUUGAGUGGGGAAGAGCAUGACAUGUGGAUCUUCCGGCUCUGCUCUCUCUGGCUGGAGAACUCUGGAAUUGCUGAAGUCAAUGCCAUGAUGCACAAGGAGGCGAGGAAAAUACCGUCGUACAAAUUCUUGCCUCUGAUGUAUCAACUGGCUGCUCGAAUGGGAACCAAGACGACUGGAUUUCAUCCGAUUUUGAACAAUCUGAUAGCGAGAAUUUCUCUAGACCAUCCACAUCAUACUCUGUUUAUAAUCUUGGCCCUGGCAAAUGCCAACAAAGAUGAACUCCUGACAAAACCAGAAGCUCCUGGAAGAAGCAGACUCACCAAAAGCACACCGAAAGAAGCUUCCCUGCUUGAUAUGGAUCGAAUGGAGGCCGCCAGCAAUAUAAUUAACAUUAUAAAAAAGAAAAGAGCUGAUAUGGUGACAAAUGUUGAAACCCUUUGUGAUUCUUAUAUCACUUUAGCAAACAUGGAUGCGAGUCCCUGGAAAACGCACAGAAAGGCGAUACGCAUCCCUUCUGACCAACCUAUUACUAAGCUGAAGAAUCUAGAUAAUGUUGUUGUUCCGACCAUGGAAAUUAAGGUGGAUCCCAGUGGAAAAUACGAAAAUUUGGUUACAGUGAGGUCAUUUAACCCAGAAUUUCGCCUAGCAGGAGGCGUUAAUCUACCAAAAAUAAUAGACUGUGUUGGAUCAGAUGGGAGAGAGAGGAGGCAACUUGUUAAGGGCCGUGAUGACCUGCGACAGGAUGCUGUCAUGCAGCAGGUUUUCCAGAUGUGCAAUACUCUGCUCCAGGAAAAUAGUGAAACUAGGAAGAGGAAACUAACUAUCCGCAGAUACAAGGUGGUUCCCCUCUCUCAGAGAAGUGGUGUCUUAGAGUGGUGUACAGGAACAAUACCUCUGGGUGAAUUCCUCAUCAAUACAGAGAACUGUGCUCAUAGACGUUACAGGCCAAGAGAUUACAGCAGCUUAGACUGCCAGAGGAAAAUGAUGGAUGCGCAAAAAAGAAAUUUUGAAGAGAAAUAUGCCAUCUUCAUGGACGUUUGCCAGAAUUUUCAACCUGUGUUUCGCUAUUUCUGCAUGGAAAAAUUUCUUGAUCCAGCAGUGUGGUUUGAGAAGAGGUUGGCAUAUACGCGAAGUGUUGCUACUUCAUCAAUAGUUGGCUACAUACUUGGUCUUGGAGACAGACAUGUGCAGAAUAUUCUGUUAGAUGAGCAGACUGCGGAACUUGUACACAUUGAUCUAGGUGUUGCUUUUGAGCAAGGCAAAAUCCUUCCUACCCCAGAGACUGUACCCUUCCGGCUUACAAGAGAUAUAGUAGAUGGGAUGGGCAUCACUGGUAUAGAGGGCGUCUUCAGGAGAUGCUGUGAAAAAACAAUGGCAGUUAUGAGAAAUUCCCAAGAGGCUUUACUCACUAUUGUAGAGGUACUUCUGUAUGACCCUCUUUUUGACUGGACUAUGAACCCUUUAAAAGCAUUGUAUCUGCAACAAAGGCCAGAAGAUGAGGGUGAUGUCAGCUCCAGUCUCGGUGCUGAUAACCAAGAAAGUAAGAAAAAAGCAAAUGGGGAUAAUCAGACAUUUAAUAAAGUGGCAGAGCGUGUCCUGAUGCGGCUUCAGGAGAAACUGAAAGGAGUUGAAGAGGGAACCGUGCUCAGCGUGGGAGGCCAGGUGAACCUUCUCAUACAGCAGGCCAUGGACCCAAAGAAUCUGAGCCGCCUCUUUCCAGGGUGGAAAGCAUGGGUGUGAAGAUACAUGUAGGAGUGAAAGUACAAAUAUAGCUGUAUGAGAAAAAGUUAAUGUGUUUGAUUUUGGAAAUAAAAUGGGUCCAGCAUUUCAUAUUUAAUGGUUUCCUUGGAGAAAUGAGGCUAAAAUCUGAUGUCACAUUGAUGGCUGACCUUUCUUCCAUUCUCAUGCCCCAUGCAGUCUAAAACGGUCCCAAGUGGUUUCCAGCCCUCUGAAGCAGGUUUUGUUGGCUGCAGUACAUGGGGGGGGGGGAGAGAUAGUGUGGGAUCACCCUCUCCUAAUUCUGCUGAGGCAAUUCCAUCAGCAGGUGUAGCCUAUUAGAACCUGAACGAGUGUUAAACAUUUUAUUUGAAUAUUAUUGAACCAGGAAGUUCAUCAUGUGAAUGUUCUAAAACAUGCUAUAAUUCUUUCCUUCUUUUAAUACUGUACUGGAGUUUGGGAAAAAUCUGUUUUUCACUUAUCACUGGACUGCAGAAUACAUGGUUUCUCAAAAAAGAAGAAAAGCCACAUCAUUUCAGAAAGGUAAUGCUGGUAUAAUAUACUUGAACAAAAGUAAUGUAAGUGCCUUUCAAUAAAGCCCCCUUUUUUAUAAGUUCAGAAAUGUUGUUGGUAUAUUUUAAAUGAAUCAGAACUGAAUUUAAACCCGGCAUUUCACCAAGAGGCUACCGCCAGACUGAUAAAUGUGCACCAAGAACUCCUCUAGAAAGGAGGUGCCAACCAGGCACAGUAAUAUGAGUGUCAUACAUCACAGCUGAGAUGCACCUGGGAACCAGAGUUAUGGUCCCUCAGAAGGCGUAUGUAAAAAAAUUGCUCUUACUUUAAAACCGGGAGAGGAGGGAGCUGAAAUUAUAUGUAUUAGACUUAAAUGUGACAUGUUGUGGAAGACCCCAAAAGAGGCUCCAUUUUAAUACUCGAAAUAUCUGUGUAAGAACAUGUUACAUGUAAGCCACUGAUAACACUUUGCUGAUAACACUUUUACCAUUUUUAUUUAUGGCUGUAAUUUUUUGUUGGCUUUAAAAGGUUUCAAAGGGUAUAAUCUAUAAAAUCUGCGCUCAGAUAAAGUAGGUUUCGUUUUCUAUAAAUAUUGAUAGUAUUUUCUUUACAAAUUAUAAAGUUCAGAUGGAAGUUUUAAUAUAAGCUAGCAAACUCUUAAUAUGUACACAGCUUACUUUAUGCCCGUUCAAGUAUCAUGGAAAUAGUAGCCAUGUUUUAUAUAUAAUUAUUAUUUUUUAAAAAAAGUUGAAUUCAGUUUUUAAUAUUGUUUCAGAUAUGCAAAUUAGUCCUUUUUCCCCUCAGUGAUCUUGCAUGUUGGGAGUUUGCAGGGGAAAAUACGUUAUAAAUUAAAAUGAACAUAAGUGAAACUAUGUGAAAUUGUAGCUACUAUAUAUUUUAUGUAACAUAUAUGCAUUGUUCACAUGGAAAAAAUAAAUGUAAAUAGAUUCUUCUGAA